AUGCUCACCGAAUCCGGACAAUGGACAGUACAACGACAGACUAGAUAUGGAUUUUCAGCUGUUGCAUGUGAUCAGACAAUUGAACAAACAGUUAAUAGAGAGUCUAAAACUUCAGGGGGAAUAACUAGUAUUACAUUGAACAGAAAUGCAGUAAGAAGAUGGAUAUUGUCCCAAAGUCAAAGAACAGCUAUACAUCACCAGUGUGAAAUCUUGGCAGGGCUAACAGGGACAAAUCGAGAUAGAGUCCACCUUGAUGCAUCAAAGAAUAAAUGUGACAGAGAUUCUAUACAAAGAAUUGUUGAGUGUAUAGAACAGAUGAUAAACCCAUUCAGUUAUGAUCAACCAGAAAUGACCAGCAUAAGCUCAGGUGUUGUUGCUAGUGAUGAAAUCAGUGCUGAUCUUAUGAGUGCGGAAGAAGUUGGCGAAGUUGCCUUAAAUAAUUAUAUUGAAGAGCGUCUUACUUCUGAUAAGAAGAAAUAUGAUCCAAUAAAGCAAGUCAAUUGA